AUGGCGCUGGCCGAGCCCCAGCGCGCGUGGAGCGUCCGGCGGAUCGCGGGGCCGUCGCGACAGGCGGAUGGCGCUGCCAGGUGGCCGCAGAAGGGCGCGUGCCGCACCCAGGAGAACUGUCAAGUUGGAGUGAGCUCUGGGGACAGGCAUGUCUGUGCUGCUGGAAAGGUCGUCAACGUUGCCACUGCUGAGGACCUGAGCGUGUUUGAGCAGCUCGUGACUGCCACGGGUCGAAAGUAUGUGAUGAUCAGUGGCAAGGGUGGUGUGGGGAAGACGAGCCUUUCAGCGUCCCUGGCUGUGCGGCUUGCAGAGGCAGGGCACACCACACUUGUGGUGUCUACAGAUCCUGCUCACUCACUGAGUGACUCCCUCGACCAGGACGUGAGCGGUGGUACACCAGUGCUAGUGGAGGGCAGCACGCUCCCCCUGUGGGGCAUGGAGGUCAACCCGGAGCUUGCCAAGGCGGAGUUCAGGCAGUACGCAGAGGGGGAGGCCUUCGCCACCAGGGCAGGCGAUGCCAUGAAGGGGUUUGGACUGGGAUUGGACCAGCUGGCGGAGCUGAAACUGGGAGAGCUGCUGGACACGCCCCCGCCGGGGCUGGACGAGGCGGUGUCCCUGGCCAAGGUGGUGGAGUUUGUGACGAGCGAGGACUAUGCAAAGUUCAGCAGGAUCGUGUUUGACACUGCACCAACAGGGCACACUGUACGGUUGCUUAACCUUCCUGACUUCGUGGGUGCCGCACUGUCCAAGCUGCUCAAAUUGCGUGAGAAAGUGAGCAAAGCUGCCGCACCCAUCCAAAGUCUUAUGGGUAGUGGCAACGGUGAUCAGAGCGAUGCCAUGUCCAGGCUGAACCUGCUGCUGGAUCGCGUGGAGAUGGUCAAGAUGUUGUUUCAAAAUGAGCGGACAACAGAAUUCAUGAUCGCCACCAUCCCCACAACUCUGGCUGUCAGGGAGAGUGCCAGGCUGCUAUCGGAGCUGAGGAAGCAGAAGAUGCCCUGCAAAAGGAUACUUGUCAACCAGCUGAUCGGUCCAGGAGCAGGCGACACCUUCCUGCGUAUGAAGCUGAAAGACCAGGAACAUGCGCUGGCAGACAUUGCCGCCAACCCAGCCCUGCACGACCUGCAGCAGAUUUAUGCGCCCCUCCUGGACCUUGAGGUCCGUGGCCUACCCGCCCUUGCCUACUUUGGGGACCAUGUGUGGAAGGAGGCGAUAGGGGAGAUGAAUGCACCACAGGGUCGCAGGUAUGUGAUGCUGGGGGGCAAGGGCGGUGUGGGCAAGACAAGCAUGGCAGCAUCACUGGGGGUGCAGUAUGCCACAGCUGGUCAGCCAACACUGAUCGUGUCCACAGACCCAGCGCACUCCCUGGGUGAUGCUUUGGACCAGGAUAUCAGCGGAGGCACUCCAGUGCAGCUGGAAGGCACCGACUUGCCCAUAUGGGGAAUGGAGAUAGAUGUGCAGCAGGCCAGGCAAGAGCUGCGGGAGGCGUUGGCAGGGGAGACUGGAGAGAAGCUGAACCAGGCCCUGGGCUUGGGCGGGGUCCUCACAGAGCAGCUGAAGGACCUCAAACUGGGCGAGCUGCUGGACAACCCGCCUCCUGGGGCUGACGAAGUCGUUGCCAUCGCCAAGGUCGUUGAAUUCCUCAAGAGGGACGAAUUUUCAAGAUUCAAGAGGAUCAUCUUUGACACUGCUCCCACUGGCCACACGCUGCGGCUGCUCACGAUGCCCGACUUUGUCGACAAGACCAUCGGCAAGAUUCUGCGCAUUAGGGACACGAUUGAGAGGGUGGCCAACACGGUGAAGGGAGUGUUUGGUGCGGAGACAGACACCCAGUAUGCGAUAGACAAGCUCGCAAAAGUGAAGGCGUACAUGGAAGAUGCCAAGGAGCUCUUCCACGACAGAACGACGACCGAAUUCGUCAUCGUGACGAUUCCCACGGUCAUGGCGGCGGCGGAGAGUGGCAGGCUCGCCGAGGCCCUGACAUCGGAGGGCGUGCCCGUCAAGCGCCUGGUGGUGAACCAGGUCCUGCGGCCGAGCACAACGGAAAAGUUCCUUGAGGCCCGCCGCAAAGACCAGGGGCGGGCCCUCAAGCUGCUGCGCGAGGACCCGGGCCUCAGGGAACUGGACGUCGUGGAGGCCCCCCUCGUGGACCUGGAGGUCAGGGGGAUAGCAGGGCUGCUGUACUUCGGGAAUCAGGUGUGGAAGUGA